AUGGCUCAAGACAAAUACCUCGCGGGCAAAGUUGCGAUUGUGACCGGAGCCUCCAAACUCUCCGGGAUUGGAGCUGCUGCUGMCAUUGCACUCGCAGAGCACGGCGCUAAUAUUGCUGUGCACUAUAGCUCCAAUGCCGCGAGCGCCCAGGAGGUUGUUGAGAAGAUCAAGAGCCUGGGUGUUCAAGCGACUGCGAUUAAAGCGGACGCAUCCUCGCCGGAUUUUGGUACUACUCUUGUCGCCGGAACGUUGAAGGCAUUCAAUACGAGCAAUAUCGACAUUCUCGUUAACAAUGCGGGCACUGCCGUCAUGCACGAUUCUGCGGCCUCGGUCCCUGCGGAUGUCUGGGACGAUGUGUUUCGAGUCAAUGUCCGUGGGCCGUUCCUACUCAUCCAGGCCGCUCUUCCACAUAUGAAGAGCGGCGGCAGGAUUGUGAACAUCUCCAGCAUUAUCGCCAAGUUGGGCUCUUCCAUGUUACCGGUUUAUGGUGCCUCAAAAGGAGCGUUGAAUUCCAUGUCGAUCGCAUUGGCCGAAGAACUGGGCCCGAAGGGGAUCACGAUUAACUUGGUGUCCCCCGGGCCUAUUCAAACCGACCUUAGCAUGAAAGGAUCUCCUGUGGCCGCCCGACUCGAGAGAAAUCAGCAUAUCAAGAGAGAAGGAAGCACUGAGGAAGUAGCGGCGGCGAUUCUAUUCCUGUCAAGUCCAGCUAGCGGCUACAUUACUGGGCAGAAUCUGUAUGUAGAUGGGGGUAUUAACCUCCCCUGA